AUGAGUGGGCGCAGCCUACCUUUACUUUAUCAGUCAGCUAGACCACUUUCUUUUAUCUAUUAUAGUGCUUUCCUGUGGAACUACGACAUGGGGAUUUCAUUGUGUAGUGCGACUGCGGAUGGCGCAGAAGACACUGAAAGCGAAAAUGAGGCUGUCCACCCACAGCUUCCAUCAAUGAAUUUGCGUCUUGUAGAUAUUGAUGGUGCUUCUCAUUCAGGAAGCAACAUAUCACAAGACAAGACAUUCAGUUGUAAUACUCCUACAGAUGAGCUACAUCAGAUGUUGAAAACAUCAAGCGGUUUAGAAUUUGAUGACAUUGAAAGUAUUUACCUUUCCACCAAUAAGUCAAUGCUCUCUGCAGAAGGGUUUGAAGAGUUUGAUGCCAUGUUAUCAGACACAGAGUUUCAGGAAUCCAGUGAACUGAAAGAAAACAAGGCACCAUCUUUCAAAACUCUUUCAUCCAACACAGAUGACAUUUCAGAAACUUGUGUUUCAUCUUCAGCAUUCGACCACGUGAAGUCAGCUCAUUCCUCUUGCAGUAAAUCAUUUUAUUCUCCUAGUUCACACUCAAGUCAUAGUCAAGAUAUGAAGAAGUCAUUACCAGAGAUUUCAGCUAUUGAGAAAAUACAAGUUUGGAUGAAAACUGUUCCAGAUCCCAAAUCUGAAACUUCUAAUGUUUGUGAGAAACUUGUUCCAAAGUUACAUUCAGCUGGUAAUGACCCUGCCACAAUUCUUUAUACUAUACAUUCUUCUGAUUUGUCACCAAAUACUGAUUCGUGCCAUUCAGUUACCAACAACAAAGAAUGUUCACUUGACCAGCAUAGCUCUGAAAAGAGUGAAGGAAAUUUAAACACAUCGUCCCCUGCACUUAGAAAAGAUGAAAAUAUCUCUGAAUUACAUGAAACUGAUUCACAACAUGAUAGUGGUGAUAAUAUAUCAGAUUCCUGUUCCAGAUCUGACAAUAUUCAACAACUGACUGGUGAUCAGCAUUGUGGAAAGAGUUGGAGAAUUACUGACUUGAAUGCAGAAUCUAAGUCUGGUGAGGAAAAUGGCUUAGAUGUAUUCACCUCACUGAAGAAUGAUGAAUCAGAAAAUAGUCUGUACAACAAUGCUCAUCGCGUGUCAAAUUUUGACUUACGUACAUCGAGCAGCAUUGACUCAGUCUCUGUUAAUGCUCAACAAAGUUCUGAAAAACAUGUUGACUCAGUCUCUGUUAAUGCUCAACAAAGUUCUGAAAAACAUGUGCAAAUUUAUAAACGGUCCUCACUAGCUAGUACCACUGAAGAUGAAAAUAUAUCAUCUGUGUGUAAAUUGUACACAAAUGGUAGAAUAAAUAACAUAUCAAGUACCAGUGGAUAUGAUCUGUUAAACUCUGGGUUGCAGUCCUCUGCUACUGAUAAUCAAGAGAUCUAUAAUAAUCAACAAUAUCGUGAAAGGUUACUAAAAGCUUUUGAUACAUCUGGCCCAAGUGGGAAUGAAAAUCUAUCAGAUGCAGGUCCAUCGGUUGUAUGUGGUAAGACAACAGAUAAAUCAUGUAACUAUCAGAAAGAACAGCCACUUUUUGAUGUUAUCAACUAUCCUCAUAACAAACUAACAAACAGAACUACUGACUGCCUUUCUCCCAGUAGUUCUGAGUUUAUUCCAAUGUGUAAUGAUACUGUUUACACUAAUUCCUGCAAAAACAUAAAACUAUCAGCAUUUAAUGAAAUACCAAGUGUAUAUUCUGAAACUAGUAAUGAAAUUCUUGAUGAUUGUGAUUUGCUUCCUCAGCAAGACAGAUUCAUAGAACACAUGUCUGUCACACAAAGUUCUUCCAAAAUAUUCAAUACAGUCGUUAUUGAAUGCACUGAAGACAUCCCACUUCCCUCUGCUGGUGACCUGGGAGCCAAUGUAGUUGAAUUUAGUGCAUUUAGAGGAAAUCAUGAAAGCAAAGAAGUUUAUUGUGCAUACAAAAUUGUUAAAUCUGAUUCACAAUACUCGUCUUGCAUCCCAGAUGAAGACCAUCAUGUUUCUAAUGUACUUGAAGGUGAACAUUGCAGAAACUUAUCAGUUGAACAAAGUAGUUGUAACUGUUGUGAACAUUGCAGAAAAUUAUCAGCUCAACAAAGUGGAUGUAAGUUUUGUGAAACCAGUAUUUGCGAUUACAAUGAAGAGCAAGAUAUUUCAUCCACAGGUUUAUGGGCACCACCGGCUAAUUCAGCAGAUAGCAUUUGUUGCAUUAACUCUCAUUUACUGCAAUGUGAAGAAUGUUCUUUGACAGAAGUGAGCACCUCUGCAUCAAAUCAAAUGGAAAUGAUGACAUUAAGAGAGAUGCUGCAUAUACAAGAACCUAUUAUGUCUCAAGAAAUUAGGAGUAGUCCAGAGAACAGAGGCUCUACCGAUCCACAACCUCACUGUGUGUCUCAGCAAGCAACCAUAAAUCAAAAAAGGAAAAUAAACAUUAACUCGGGAAAAAAGGCCCAGAAAAAUAAAAGUAAUAGAAGAAGGAAAGGGAAAAAUAAAAGAUUAUGCAUGCGAAAGCAAAGGAGCAAGACGGCAAGUAAACCAAGGUUUAACAAACAGGAUAUUGUAGCAUCAGUUGUAAGACUUGAUGUUUCUGAUUUCAAUGGAGAUUUAGAACUGACUCUAUUAUAAUGCACUUAAAAGCUAUUUCCUGUUAUUCAUCCUCCAGACGCAGUGUCACCUAUCAUCUACAUGAAAAUCUAGUGACUUGGAACUGCUGAUGACACAUGUAAGGAUAUUUUUGUUGUGUUCUUUCCUCAAGCACCAAGAGGAAACCCUCUCCCACAUUCAUCAUAGAAUAAGUUUUGCCUACAAUCUAUUGAAGUGUUAAUGAAAAUGGCCAAAUCUGUAAAGUGUCAUUAUAAUAUUAUAUGAAUACCUAAACAAGAGUCCAUAUG